AUGCCCACUUCUGGAACUACUCUCGAGUUGAUUGACGAUCAAUUUCCAAAGGAUGAGUCCGUCAGUGGCGGUCUUGUCGAUGAAGUCGAUUUAACCCAAGCCAACAUCCUGGCUACUGGUUUGAACAAAAAGGCACCAAGAAUCGUCAACGGGUUCGGUUCCUUUAUGGGUUCCAAGGAAAUGGUCUCAGUGGAAUUCGACAAGAAGUCCAACCUAGAUCGUUUGUUGGAAAAAGAUAACCAAGAAAAAUUAGAAGCCAAGGGCAAAACUCACAUAUCCGAACAACCAUGGACCCUGAACAACUGGCACCAACAUUUGAACUGGCUGAACAUGGUUCUUGUUUGUGGUAUGCCUAUUAUUGGUUGGUACCUGGCCUUCUCCGGUAAGGUCCCUCUGCAUUUGAACGUUCUGGUGUUCUCCGUGUUAUACUACGUCGUUGGUGGUGUUUCCAUCACAGCCGGUUACCAUAGAUUAUGGUCUCACAGAUCUUACUCCGCUCACUGGCCAUUAAGAUUAUUCUACGCCGUCUUCGGUUGCGCUUCCGUCGAAGGUUCCGCCAAAUGGUGGGGUCACUCUCACAGAAUCCAUCAUCGUUACACCGAUACUUUGAGAGAUCCUUAUGACGCUCGUAGAGGUCUAUGGUACUCCCACAUGGGUUGGAUGCUUUUGAAGCCAAAUCCAAAGUACAAGGCCAGAGCUGAUAUCACUGAUAUGACUGAUGACUGGACCGUUAGAUUCCAACACAGACACUACAUCUUAUUGAUGCUGCUUACCGCUUUUGUCAUCCCAACUGUUGUAUGUGGUUACUUCUUUAACGACUACUUGGGUGGUUUGGUCUACGCCGGUUUCAUCCGUGUCUUUGUCAUUCAACAAGCCACUUUCUGCAUCAACUCCAUGGCUCAUUACAUCGGUACCCAACCAUUCGACGACAGAAGAACUCCCCGUGACAACUGGGUUACCGCCAUUGUUACAUUCGGUGAAGGUUACCAUAACUUCCAUCACGAAUUCCCCACCGAUUACAGAAACGCUAUUAAGUGGUACCAAUACGACCCAACUAAGGUUAUUAUCUACCUAACCUCUUUGGUCGGUCUAGCAUAUGAUUUGAAAAAAUUCUCCCAAAACGCCAUUGAAGAAGCUCUGAUUCAACAAGAACAAAAGAAGAUUAACCAAAAGAAGGCCAAAAUCAACUGGGGCCCAGUUUUGACCGAUUUGCCAGUGUGGGACAAACAAACCUUCUUGGCAAAAACUAAAGACAACAAGGGUUUGGUCAUCAUCUCCGGGAUUGUUCACGACGUAUCUGGUUAUAUCUCUGAACAUCCAGGUGGUGAAACUUUAAUCAAGACUGCAUUAGGCAAAGACGCCACAAAGGCCUUCAGUGGUGGUGUCUACCGCCACUCAAACGCUGCUCAAAAUGUCUUGGCUGACAUGAGAGUAGCUGUCAUCAAGGAAAGUAAGAACUCUGCUAUUAGAAUGGCUAGUAAGAGAGGUGAAGUUUACGAAACUGGUAAGUUUUUUUAA